AAUGAAUAAGGAAAAACCGUAAGAAAGAAGAAAACACCACCAGAAUUCUCAACUUUCACUUUGUCCCAGAGAAAAGAGCAAAGGAGAAAAGAGGGAAAAACGUAACGAAAAAGGAAGAACACGCACGAGAAUUCUCAACUUUCUCUAUAGAUAUAGGAGAAUAGGUGUUCUCUUUUCUUUGCAGAAGACUGUUCAAAACCUUUCUCUGCCAUCAAUCCAGUACUCCUAAAUGAAUGCAAAUUCAAAUGCUGUACUAACUGCACCAUUAUCACUGGAGGGAGAUAAUUCUGAUGGACCUCCCAAUAUGCUUCAACGCAUUUUCCGUCUGUUGAGUAGUGUCCAUUCAGGAUCUGAUCUCAUUCGCCUUCAGCUACCACCGCUCUUCAACCUUCCAAAGUCACAGCUUCAAUGCUAUGGAGAAUCAGUGUACUGCACUAAAACGGAUAUGCUAAGUAAGUGCAACAAUGGAGAAACUCCUCUUGACAGAUUCAUAUCCGUUAUUGCUUGGUCCAUAUCCACCACACGUCCUUUGAUUUUUGGUGUGGCUCCUUACAAUCCUAUUCUUGGAGAGACUCAUCAUGUCUCGCGGGGCACUCUCAAUGUCCUACUUGAACAGGUGUCGCAUCAUCCCCCAGUGACUGCACUACAUGCUACCGAUGAGAAAGAAAACAUCGAAAUGAUAUGGUGUCAUUCGCCCAUUCCCAAGUUCUACGGGACUCAUAUUGAAACAGAGGUGCAUGGAAAAAGACAGUUGAAUCUCCUUGAUAAGAAUGAAACUUAUGUAAUGAACUCGCCAAAGCUUGUGAUCAGAUUUUUACCGGUUCCUGGGGUUGAAUGGUUGGGCAAUGUCACAAUCCAAUGUAAAGAAACUGGUCUUGAAGCAGAGAUAUGUUACGAAGGCAACUCAUUUUUCCCCCGUCGAUCAAUGCACAGGUCAAUUAAAGGAAAGAUCUUUCUAUCGUCAUCAUCACAGACCCUUUACAAGAUUAAUGGCCACUGGGACAGUACCGUGACCAUCAAAGACGUUUCUAGUGAAAGAGUCACGAUCAUCUACAAUGCAAAGGAAGCGAUUUCAGGACUGAAGACUCCUAUUGUCAAAGACCAAAAGGGUAUUCUUCCCAGUGAAUCAACUGUGAUAUGGGCUGAGGUGAGCCAAGCUAUUCUACAAAAGUGCUGGGAGAAAGCCAAGGAAGCUAAGAGCGUGGUCGAGGAGAAGCAGAGAGAGCUUGCAAAAGAAAGAAAGCUAAAAGAUGAAAAUUGGGUUCCCAAGCAUUUCACAGUAUCUCACAGCAAGGAAAGUGGAUGGGAAUGCUUACCGAAUCACAAGUUGGUUCCCCCGACUCCAAUUGUCGUUACUCCCUGAUCAUCUCAAAAUACUGUAAAGUUUGCACAUGUAUCUUGAAGCCUUACAAUAGCUAGGGACCCACUCAUCGUUGUUCAAAAGGGUCGUCAAUUUAGUAUUUGAACAAAACUAUCGAGAAAGUUGGGAGUCGUAAUAGUUCUGAGGAUCCCAAAUUUGGUGCAAAGCAGUUCAAAGACAGAACGCGAUGAUUCUAUUCAAUCAGCACUGUUAAGAAUAGAAGGAUGAAUUUCUUGAUUGAGAAGUUGAUGAUCA